ACCCCUAUCCGACGCGCCGUGACGUGCACCGCCGCGUAUCUGUCUGCAUAACACGCCCAUUAUGCCACUGUCUACUGCGAUGUCAGCAGAGCCCAUUAUGCGAUACGGCGUAAACGGAAUACGCGGACGCGGGAGGCCCUAAACAUGGGGGACGCGGGAGGCUCGUCUGGAGUUCGAAGCUCCGAGAAUGGUAAGGGUAGCGAGAGGUAUAAAAGGUUGGCAGUUGGCGAUUGAGGUAUGUAGGACGAUCCCUCUACGGAUCACCCUUUCCUCCCCAUAUUUCACAUUUCGUCGACUACUUGACUCGAAUAUGCCUGGCACUUGGGAAGAAGACUUGAAGGACGUGCAUUUGUUGUACGACUACGACGUCAAGCAGCCAGACGGCUCGACGGAGAAGUGGCGAUACGAGCUCUGGUGCUCGCAUGAGGUAUGUAUGCUUCGAUGCGGAAAGGUCAACUGCGAGAAAGUCCUGACACCCAUGCAGAACCGCGUCACAUACGCCAUCCACGGCGGACCCAUGGCUGGGCGUUACAACUACCAGGAGACGAAGUACCAGUGCAUCCGCCCCGGUGAAUUGUGGCAAAUUAACUGGCUCGAAGAGACGGGCACCAUCGUGUCCAUCGUCUACGACAUCCUCAAGCAACGCAUCACGACGCUCAUCGCGUUCUCGAAGGGCCACUGGGAGCACUCGGUGGAGGCGCACGGCGACAAGCGGAAUCCGGCAGACUUGGAACGCUGGCGGGGCCUGGCGAAGAUUGGAACCCAGACGGACAGGUAUCUGCUCGCUGAGCAGGCGGACAUAGUUAAGAACUUCAAGGGCCCGGGUGACUUGAAGCCUAUUGACCUGAGCUGGCCUACCCUGUAGAGAUGUGAUGGAUGUAGUAGAUCUUGUAUAUUAGCUGUCGUUAUGCGAUCUUGAGAUUGACUUCGAGUUCGUGAGGUGGCGCGGAACGUUGAGA